AUGCAGAAUCUGACAGAGCUCCCAGGCAACACAACAUCCAGCACUAACCUCUCUGUCAUUGUGAAAGUGUGUGUGGUCAUCCCAUUCUUCAUUGCCUUCCUGUGCUUCAUCCUCCUGAUGCUGUACACCUUUGCAUCUCUGAGGCAGUUCUUUGAUAGCUCCCGAUAUAUCCUCUACACCUACAUGCUGAUCAACGACACCCUGCAGCUGCUCUCCUCUGUGUCACUCUUCUUGUUAGCGAUGGGCAGUGUGCAGUUUGCAAUUGUCUACUGUGCUCCUCUGCUCUUUGUGUCCACUGCUACCUUCCUGAACACCCCACUCAUCCUGUCCACCAUGUCUCUGGAGCGUUAUGUGGCUAUCUUCUAUCCACUUCAACGCCCUGCCAUCUGGAGACCUGAGUGGAUUUGGGUCCUCAUUCUAAGUCUGUGGGUCAUCAGUUGCAUCCUACCCACUGUUGACUUUAUCUUGAUGCGACUCAAGCCAGGUGUUGACGUCCAAUCCACACCUGUGCUGUGCAAGACUGCACUGCUCAAUGCCUCACCCAUUCAGGCUCUGUUCAAGGUGAGCCUCAAUGGGAUCUUCUUUGCUGUGGUCACUGUAGUGAUUCUUUUCACAUACAUGCGGAUUCUGCUGGAGACCCGUCGGAUGAGGCAGGACCGGGUGUCAGUGAGGAAGGCCUUGCACACGGUGCUGCUUCAUGGAUUGCAGUUGCUCCUCAGCAUGAUGGCCUUCACCCAGCCCAUAGCAGAGCUCUUCCAUGUCCAGCGUGUCAGUUUGUCUCAAGCAGAUAUGUCUUUCGUCUACUAUUUCUGCUUCAUCCUGCUUCCUCGUUUUCUGAGCCCACUCAUUUAUGGCCUUAGAGAUGAAAACCUCAGAAGCUAUAUGAAGAAAGCCUUGCCUUGUUAUGGUCCACGUGUAGACCCAUAUAAAGAUGUUAGAACAACAAAAUGA